AUGGGAUUGGGAGGCGAGACUGCGGCGGCGGCGGCAACGAAGCCAGGGCGGCGGAUCCUGGUGGCGGUGGACGAGGGCGACGAGAGCGUGCAGGCGCUGCGGUGGUGCCUCGGCACCUUCGCCGCGGCGUCGCGCGGGGACACGGUCAUCCUGCUCUACGUCCGCCCGCCGCCGCCCACCUACUCCGUGCUCGACGCCUCCGGCUACCUGUUUGCGGAGGAGGUGACCGCCGUGAUCGACAGGUACAGCCGGGAGGUGGCGGACGCGGUGGUGGAGAAGGCGCAGAAGCUCUGCACGCUCUACAGCAAGGACGUGGAUGAGAGUGACCACGAGAUGAAGGUCGAUGUGAAGGUCGCGGUCGGGGACGCCAGGGCCGUCAUCUGCCAUAUGGCGGACAAGCUCGGUGCCGACGUUCUGGUGAUGGGGAGCCAUGGCUACGGCUUCUUCAAGAGGGCUCUCCUCGGAAGUGUCAGUGAUUACUGUCUCAGGAAUGCGAGCUGCCCCGUUCUCAUCGUGAAGCCAUAG